AUGACUCAGCAGCCAUCGGUCACUCACCCGCCGCUCUCGGCGCCACCGCCGAUACCGCCACCACCGGCUCACCCGCCCUCACAGACCUCCGAGAGUGUCCGCGUGCGCUGCGUCGGCUGCCGCAUGAUCCUGACCGUGGCCCCUGGCCUGACCGAGUUCGCUUGCCCUAGCUGCAGAAUGCCGCAGAUGCUUCCUCCGGAGCUCAUGCCUAGGCCCCACCAGGCGGCGCGAACAACGCCACCGCCGCCCCCUUUGCAUGCGCCACUGCCUCCGCCUCCUCCUCUUCCUCUUCUGUCUUCGCAAUCCCAGCCUUCGCACGUUCCCGCUCAUGGCAUUGAUCCCACCAAGAUCCAGCUUCCCUGCGCUUCCUGCAAGGCCAUCCUCAACGUUCCUCACGGCCUCACACGCUUCGCUUGCCCGCAAUGUGGGAUUGACCUCGCCGUCGAUAUUUCCAAGGUCAAGCAGUUCUACCCUUCUGUGCUGCCGUCGGUUCCUCCAGAAGAAGUCAACGAGCUAGCUGUUGAGGUGGAGCGGGACGAGGAUGAAGGAGGGAUGCUUGGAGAAACAUUUACAGAUUAUCGACCUCCAAAAGUAUCCAUUGGGCCUCUGCACCCAGAUCCUGUUGUGGAGACAUCUUCCUUGUCUGCAGUGCAGCCACCUGAGCCAACUUAUGAUCCUCAAAUAAAAGAUAGUUUGGAAAGUUCAAAGGCUUUGUCAUGCUUGCAAAUUGAGACAUUGAUCUAUGCUUGCCAGAGACAUCUUCAACACCUACCUAAUGGUGCUAGGGCAGGAUUUUUUAUUGGAGAUGGAGCUGGUAUAGGUAAAGGUCGAACUAUUGCAGGGCUAAUUUGGGAGAAUUGGCACCAUGGAAGGAGGAAAGCAUUGUGGAUUUCUGUUGGUUCAGACUUGAAGUUUGAUGCAAGAAGAGACUUAGAUGAUGUGGAAGCAACCUGCAUUGAUGUGCAUGCUUUGAACAAACUGCCUUAUUCUAAGCUUGAUUCAAAGUCUGUUGGGGUCAGGGAGGGAGUUGUUUUCUUGACAUACAAUAGUCUCAUAGCAUCCUCUGAGAAAGGUCGUUCACGUCUCCAACAGCUUGUGCAGUGGUGUGGACCAGGGUUUGACGGUCUUGUAAUUUUUGAUGAGUGUCACAAAGCGAAAAAUUUGGUCCCUGAAUCUGGAAGUCAGCCAACACGAACCGGAGAAGCGGUUCUUGAAAUUCAGGACCGGCUACCUGAUGCUCGUGUUGUUUAUUGCUCUGCUACUGGUGCAUCAGAACCUCGCAAUAUGGGUUAUAUGGUUCGCCUUGGUCUUUGGGGAGAUGGGACCUCUUUCUCUGAUUUCCGUGAAUUUCUAGGUGCUCUUGACAGAGGGGGUGUUGGAGCUCUAGAACUAGUUGCCAUGGACAUGAAAGCAAGGGGGAUGUAUUUAUGUCGGACACUUAGCUACAAAGGUGCUGAGUUUGAGGUUAUCGAAGCACCACUUGAAGAUGAAAUGAUGGAUAUGUAUAAAAAGGCAGCAGAAUUUUGGGCAGAAUUGCGUGUAGAGUUACUAACGGCAAGUGCCUUCCUGAAUGAUAAAGAUAAACCUAAUUCUAGUCAGCUUUGGAGAUUAUACUGGGCAAGUCACCAGCGUUUCUUUAGACAUAUGUGUAUGUCUGCAAAAGUUCCUGCUACUGUUAGACUUGCAAAACAAGCUUUAAGUGAGGAUAAGUGUGUGGUCAUUGGUCUUCAGAGUACAGGAGAGGCAAGAACAGAGGAAGCUGUGACAAGAUACGGUUCUGAACUUGAUGAUUUUGUUUCGGGACCUCGAGAAUUGCUGCUUAAAUUUGUGGAAGAAAAUUACCCAUUACCAGAAAAACCUGAACUUCUUCCAGGGGAGGAUGGGGUAAAGGAGCUCCAAAGGAAGAGGCACUCGGCAACACCUGGUGUUUCAGUAAAAGGAAGGGUCCGAAAAGUUGCCAAAUGGCAACCUCCAAGCGAUGUUGAAAGUGAUGAAGAAUCUGAAAGUGAAUCGGCUAUUGAUUCCACAGAUUCUGACGAUGAGUUUCAGAUAUGCGAAAUUUGCACUACUGAGGAUGAAAAGAAAAAACUAUUGCGGUGUUCCUGCUGUGGUAAAUUAAUUCAUUCAGCUUGCUUGGUGCCACCAAUUGGUGAUAUAGUGCCUGAAGAGUGGUCGUGCCAUUUGUGCAAGGAAAAAACUGAUGAAUAUCUUCAAGCAAGACAAGCAUACAUAUUGGAACUCCAAAAGAGGUAUGAUGCUGCCUUGGAACGCAAGACAAAUAUAUUAGAGAUCAUUCGUUCUUUAGAUCUUCCAAAUAAUCCUUUGGAUGAUAUUAUUGACCAGCUAGGAGGCCCUGAAAAGGUUGCUGAAGUGACAGGAAGGAGAGGAAUGCUUGUGAGGGCAUCUACUGGGAAGGGUGUAACCUACCAGGCUCGCAAUACAAAGGAUGUCACUAUGGAGAUGGUUAACAUGCAUGAAAGACAGCUCUUUAUGGAUGGUAAAAAGUUAGUUGCUAUUAUAUCAGAAGCUGGAUCAGCUGGUGUUUCCUUGCAGGCAGACAGACGAGCUGCAAAUCAGAAAAGAAGGGUUCAUUUAACUUUGGAACUUCCAUGGAGUGCUGAUCGAGCAAUUCAGCAGUUUGGAAGAACUCAUCGUUCAAAUCAAGCUUCAGCACCUGAAUAUCGGUUACUCUUUACUAAUCUUGGUGGAGAACGACGAUUUGCAUCAAUUGUUGCCAAGAGAUUAGAAUCUCUUGGUGCUUUGACUCAAGGGGACCGCAGAGCUGGACCUACAUUAAGUGCUUAUAAUUACGAUAGUGCUUAUGGAAAACGGGCACUCAUGAUUAUGUACAAAGGAAUAAUGGAUCAGGAUUCUUUGCCUGUAGUACCUCAAGGAUGUUCAUCUGACAAACCAGAAACUAUUCAAGAUUUUAUUAAUCAUGCAAAAGCUGCUCUUGUAUCUGUUGGAAUAGUUAGGGACACAACUAUUGCUAAUGGUAAAGAGCUUGGAAGGUUGUCUGGUCGCAUUAUCGAUUCAGAUAUGCAUGAUGUUGGACGAUUUCUCAAUCGGCUUCUGGGACUACCUCCUGAGAUUCAGAAUAAGUUAUUUGAGUUAUUCGUUAGUAUCUUGGAUCUUCUCGUUCAGAAUGCUCGCAUUGAGGGUAACCUUGACACAGGCAUUGUUGACUUGAAAGCUAACAUCAUUGAACUACAAGGGACACCAAAGACAGUACAUGUUGAUCAGAUGACUGGGGCUUCAACUGUUCUAUUUACAUUCAUCUUGGAUCGGGGAAUCACGUGGGAGUCAGCUAGCACCAUGUUGAAUGAAAAGCAGAAGGAUGGGCUUGGUUCAUCUAAUGAUGGGUUUUAUGAGUCCAAGAGGGAGUGGCUGGGAAAACGACAUUUCAUUCUCGCAUUUGAAAGUUCUGCUUCGGGUAUGUACAAAAUAGUUCGCCCUGCUGUUGGAGAAUCAAUUCGAGAGAUGUCUCUGUCAGAACUAAAAAAUAAAUAUAGAAAAAUUUCAUCGAUAGAGAAGGCUCAGACUGGUUGGGAAGAUGAAUAUGAAGUUUCAUCUAAGCAGUGCAUGCAUGGUCCCAAUUGUAAGAUAGGUACUUUCUGCACAGUAGGCAGAAGAUUGCAGGAAGUAAAUGUCUUGGGCGGCCUCAUUCUUCCUGUUUGGGGAACCGUUGAAAAGGCCCUGUCUAAGCAGGCUCGUCUAAGCCAUAGGAGGCUACGUGUUGUACGCAUUGAAACUACUGGGGAUAACCAGCGUAUUGUUGGACUUCUUGUUCCUAAUGCAGCAGUUGAAACUGUGCUUCAAGGUUUAGCAUGGGUUCAAGAAAUCGAUGAUUGAAUGCGUAUGGUACCUUAGUUGAAUUAUUCAAGUUUGCAUACAGUUGCGGCCAUCUAAUUGCUUGUGCAACCGCCAAUAUUGGUGUCCUAGGAAAAUGCUCAGCCUUAGCGCUGUAAUUUUUUGGGAAUGGGGAGGACUCAUCCUCUGCACCGGGUAACACAUACGUGCAGCUGCAUUUAAUUUUGUUUUUCUUUCACCCAUUUUGUCUUGUAUAAUUGGAUUUUUGUAUAUUUGUAAAGAUGAUCCGCUGAUAAAAACGGUGAUGGCUAGGUUGUGUUAACGUGUAGUCCAGUCUGUAUUUUAAGUAACUCGUUUGCAUUGGAUAUAAAUGAUUGCUGAAAUUAUAGUUGAAGUACAUAUUCCGUUUGUGCAUAUGAACACAAUACAAUUCCAGCAAUCUUGAUUAUUUACUUGAGUACCGAGAUUACAGCGGGAAUAAUCAAUGGAAGAAACAGUCAGGUUUAAGAUAAAAUCUCAUAGGUUAUCCCUUCGAC